AUGGCUGACAUUACAUUCAAACGGUUCGUGGAAGCCACGCCAGGUACACGAGACUGUUUUUGCCACAUCGUGCUGAAAAACGAUAUUGUUCCAAAGCUCUUUGGAUGCUGCAACAUGACUCAUAUGCAGGUGUGUUUUUUAAUUUAAAGUGCUAUGACACGAAAUUUUCAAAAUCGAGUUUUUUACGACAGAUUAGAAUUUCAUCUUUUCUGAUCAUUUUGAUACCAACUUUGUUGUUGAGUCGAAGAAAAAAUUGGACAAUUUGCGUGUCAAAAGGCCAUUUAUGCGAGCAGAAGUAAGCCGCGAUUUAACUAAGCCCUGCCUAAACAGGUCGCGAACGUGUCGUAUAAGCGAUCAAUUUUUUCGCAAACCAGGGUUGAAAACUAGACCUAAAUAAGUCGCUACGUAUUGCAAACUGACUGUUUAUAGAGUCGUUCGUGACUUAUUUAAGCCGCGGUUUAUAUUCCCUCAUAUAAAUGACUCUAAAGUUGGUAGAACAUGCAUGGUGCUGGCGUAGCUGGGAUUUAUUUUCUCGGUUAAGCGAUCUUAAUUUUAGUCAUUUGUCGCUUGCCCAUUGUCCUGGCAAGCCCCCUCUCUCAACUAGACUGCGAUCUAAGCCGACUCCAUCCCCCCCCAACGGAUUGAUUUUCAUUAUAUGUUAAUUUAAUUAAGCAUCGCACAAACAAUUCUAAAUUGUUUUUCCUUCCUUUCUAUUUUUGUUUUAGGGCAAAUUGUGGGAUUUGGUUGAAAAUAUACUUAAACCGACACUUGAGUUCACCACGAAAGACUCU